AUGUACAAUACUACGCCCAUCCCAGCACCUGUACCCAAAGCAGCGUAUGCUGCACCCGUAUUCCAGACUUUCCAAGAUCGGAAACGCGCCAAGGAGGCAGCUCUCCGGGCGAGCAUCGAACCGACCUACACGCCCCCCUCACAUCCCUCCCUUCCUAGUAUCCAUCAAAACCCAACUCGACCACUCCCGCAACCUCGCCCGUCCUCCUCCCAACAGCCGCUACCCAGUAUAUCGCUUCCCUCCGACCCCAUCAUAACCCCUUCCAAUCCCCCACCCCCCAUCAUUACUCUGCCGUCUGAUCCUCCCAUUCGCGUCCCAUCUCCCCCCCGGCGCUCACCCGUCGAGGCGACACUGGAGCGGUCCGAUACACUCGCCUCCAUUCGCUCUUUGGACCGUCCCGAGUUUGGCUCAACUCGUCGGCCAUUACCCAAACCCCCUGUCAAUGUCAACAGCUCGCGGAGUUUGGACAGGGGCAUACAAGCUCGGCGCAAACCAUCAGACAUUGCGGAAGAGGACGAAACUCCUAUCAUCAAUAUCCCUGAUCUCACUUUUCCCAACGAUCCUCCCCCCGGCAUCGUCGUAUCCGCCAUCCCUACUAUCUCCGUCACGACCGACGCCCCCUCCCCCGUCCGUCUGCACAGUGACGCGGCAAUCAUCUGCGCUGGAUGCGGCGAGUCCAUCAUUGGGCGCAUUGUCAAUGCGAUGAAGCGGCGCUUUCACCCACACUGCUUUGCCUGCUCAGAGUGUGGGGAGAAUUUGGAGCACGUCAGCUCGUACGAGUGGGAGGGAAAGGCGUAUUGUCAUUUGGAUUACCACGAUAAAUUCGCCCAUCAAUGCCAUCACUGUAAAACUCCCAUUGUCGACCCUCGCUUCGUCACGCUCAACGACGAUCUCCUCGGCCAGCGGUACUAUCACGAGCUUCACUUUUUCUGCUCGGAAUGCGGCGACCCCUUUCUCGACCCCUCCAAAGCCGGCGGCAGCGCAGAAGACGAGACGAACGCGUUUACCAUUCAUCGGGGUCAUCCGUACUGCGAGCGGUGUCACCUGCGGCUGCAUAAGCCAAAAUGCAAAGGGUGCAAGGCGCCCAUACCGGAUAUUGCGGUCAAUGCGAUGGGGGCGAAAUGGCACAAGGAAUGCUUUGUCUGCGAUGGCUGCGGCAACCAGCUUAGCAACCUGUUCUUUCCAAAGGACGGCCAGUCGUACUGUACGGCGUGCUGGGACAGCUAG